GGUAUGUUUGCUUUAAAUUAUAUUAAUUUGCUAAACAAAUGCAUAUUGGUGGUUCCGAUAGUAAUAAAGGAAAGAGUAAAAAAUGGCGAAAAAUUCUUCAAUUUCCCCACAUAUCACAGUGUAUACACCUGAAAGACAAAUUAGAUAUAAGCUACGGCUAUGUCAUAGACCAACAGCCAAUUGGACGCGAACUGUUUCGGCAGUUUUGUGAAAGUAAAAGACCCCUAUACUUUCGUUAUAUAUCAUUUUUAGAUCAAGUCCAAAAUAUGAACAAAUUUCCUCUUCAUCCAUUUUUUAGAUAUGAAGUAGAAUAUGAUGAACAUCGUCUGACAAUAGCACAAGAUAUUGGCAGUCGAUUUUUAGAUAUCGAUGCACCCUCAUCAUUGGACACAUUAAAUAAUGGCAAUACUGUGGAAGGUGCUGACAACGAUGAUGAUGGCAUUGAGAAUGAUGCUGAUGAUGCCAUUAAUGAUGAGAGUAUUGAAAAACAGCGUGAGAAUCAAACAUCCACCUCAAUAGAAAUGGAAAAUAUCAAUACAACGCCAACAGCCGCAACAACAACAACAACAAAUCCUGUAGAGACUGAAAUAUAUAACAAUACCACCGCCAAUAAUACCAGUAGUAGUUGUAGCAACAAUCAUAAACAUUUUCAACAUCACAAUGGUGAUGAACAUGGUGGAUCUUCCGGUGUCACUUACGAUGGUGAUGGCGGAGGUGGCGGUGGUGGGAGUAAUAAUGAUGAAGGCGGUAAUGGUGUUAGUAGUGAGACAACAUUGAUUGCCAAGUUAAAUGGAAAUUCGACUAAACCACCUUUAUCAGCCUCCGAUGAAUUCGUUUUAGACAUUUUAAAUGAUGAUCUCAUUUCUCGGGUACGCAGUAAAAUCAACAGUGGCAGUAAGGAACUGUUUGAACCAUGUGUCAAGGCCGUUAAAGCAUUUCUAGCUGGUGAACCAUUCCAAGAAUUUGAAACUUCAAUGUAUUUUCAUCGUUACCUACAAUGGAAAUGGCUGGAGGCACAACCCAUAACGUAUAAAACAUUUCGUAUGUAUCGUGUUUUGGGUAAAGGUGGUUUUGGCGAAGUAUGUGCAUGUCAGGUACGUGCCACUGGAAAAAUGUAUGCUUGUAAAAAAUUGGAAAAGAAACGUAUUAAAAAACGUAAAGGCGAAUCCAUGGUCUUAACGGAAAAACAAAUUUUACAGAAAAUAAAUUCCCGUUUUGUGGUUAAUCUAGCAUAUGCGUAUGAGACCAAGGAUGCAUUAUGUUUGGUACUAACUAUUAUGAAUGGUGGUGACUUAAAGUUUCACAUUUAUAAUAUGGGCGGUGAUCCUGGUUUUGAAAUGGCACGAGCACGAUUUUAUGCCGCCGAAGUUGUUUGCGGUCUAGAGCAUUUACAUCAACAGGGUAUUGUUUAUAGAGACUGUAAACCCGAAAAUAUAUUACUCGAUGAUCAUGGCCAUGUAAGAAUUUCCGAUUUGGGUUUAGCUGUUGAAAUUGAUGGUGAAAUGGUUAGAGGACGUGUAGGAACAGUGGGUUAUAUGGCACCCGAAGUUAUAGACAAUGAAAAAUACUCAUUUUCUCCGGAUUGGUUUAGUUUUGGUUGUCUGCUGUAUGAAAUGAUUGAGGGUCAGGCACCAUUUAGAGCGCGCAAAGAAAAAGUCAAGCGUGAAGAAGUCGAUAGAAGAGUUAAGGAGGAUCCCGAAAAAUAUUCUAGUAAAUUUAAUGAUGAAGCCAGAUCCUUAUGCCAACAGUUGCUAGCCAAAUCUAUAAAAUUACGUUUAGGCUGUCGUAAUGGUCGUUUUGGUGCUAGGGAAGUUAAAUUGCAUCCCUUCUUUAAUUGUAUCAAUUGGAAGCGUUUAGAGGCUGGUAUGGUUGACCCACCAUUUGUACCAGAUCCACAUGCUGUUUAUGCCAAAGAUGUCUUGGAUAUCGAACAAUUUUCAACAGUUAAAGGUGUGAAUAUUGAUGAAUCCGAUUCGAAUUUUUAUACGAAAUUCAAUACGGGAUCUGUGUCAAUAUCAUGGCAAAAUGAAAUGAUGGAAACCGAAUGUUUUAGAGAAUUAAAUGUUUUUGGUCCCGAUGAUAAUCCAACGCCAGAUUUACUUAUCAAUGCCACACCGCAGCCGGAUACAUCUGGUUGUUUUCCCUUUAGGAGAAAGAAAAAACAACCAGCUAGGACACAACCCAUACCCAUUCCUGAACAUUUAUUAACUACUAGUCACAGUGUUAGUUCAACAACCGUUGAAAGCUGAUAGAAUACAACACUUGCUGCUAAUCGAAGCAUAAUAAAAACUAAUUGUCAAAAUAACUCUUUAACAACAAAAGUUACUUUAAAAAGCACAAAUGAUUGAAAAUAAUACAUUUUCAAUAAUAUCCGUAGAAAAAAAACAUCAUCAUCAUCAUUUUAACAAUUCAUAAGAAACAUAAUUGCAAAUUUUUAAUUCGAUUGAGAAACGCAAACAAAAAAUAACAAAUACAUAUAACAUUACAACUAAACUAAAUAAUUAAGAAAAUUAAAUUGAAAUUAAACCAACCAACCCCCCCUUGAUGCUAAAGAUUAUGUUAAAAUAUUAAGUAAAACAAAAAAACUCAAUUGAAAUGUUGUAAAACUACUCCAAUGUCAAGAGUAAACAACACAGCAAUUCAAAACAACAACCAAGCAACUACACAACACACAUUAUACAAACAACAUAGCCAGCGCUAAGCUUUCAAAUUGUUGCUCCUUAUUAUGUUAAAGGAGCCGAAAUGGUUUUAAUUGUAUUUAACAACAAGUAAGUCGAUUUUUAUUUUUUUAAGUUUAUUUUAAUUAUUAAUUAUUUUGUUUAUCAUUUGUAUAUUAUUAUAUUUUUUAAUUAUAUAUUUAGUUAACAUACAUACAUAUGUAGGUACAAUAAGCACAAGAUAUUCUUUAAUAAAAACUGAGUCAAUUUUUUUAUUUUAGCAAACUCAGUUUUUUUUUUUUUUGUUAGAAUUAGUUUCAUGUGUAUGAGUGUCUGUAUAUAACAACUCUUUUUUAAUUUAUGUAUAAAUUAUACUUUUUAUGUACUUUACUUUUUACGAAAUUUAAAAAGACUAUAUAUUUUUAUUAAAAUAUUAUUUUUUAAAUAAUAAAACAAUUUUUAAGCCUAAAAUGUUAUAUAUAAAUUAUAUGUAUAACUAAAAGCACAAGUAAAAAUACGCAUAAAACUAUAUACUCUAAAUUAUAAAUAUAUUUUUUAAAUUUAUUUUUUAACUUAAAAAAAAAAUCAUGUAAAGAAGAACCAACCAAUAAGAUUUUAAAGAAGAAUAAUGACAAGAAUAAUACUAACUACAAAUGUGUUCGAAGUUAUUAUGUACAACAAAAUAGUUUAUAUUGAUUUGAAAGUUUUGAAAGAAAAAUUUUAACAAAUUUCUAAAAUAGUAAUGACAAAACUAACCUAAACUAACUCUGGUUCAUAUUUGUAAAAGCAAAUAUAUCCAGAAUUACAGUUCUUUCUAUAGACAAAUUUUGUGCAUAACAGUAGAAACAGUUAUUUUAUAAAAAUAUUAUAUAUAACAGUUUUUCUCUUGGAAAUUUUUGUGUAUAACACGUUUUUUUUUCUUCAGAUAUAUUUGUAUAACAGUUUUUUUUAGAAAAAUUUUUGUA